AUUUCAAAACACUAAUUCGGCAGAAUCUUCAUUAAUCGUGUGGAUUUGGUGUCGUUUCAGUUCAAAAUGACGGCUGAAUGCGGUCAGUGAGAAAUCAGACAGCAGGCUGGACACAUGCCAGUGUUUGUGUUGUCUUAUGAGUGUGAUGAGUGCUAUUGAUGACAGUUAUUGAUCUUCAUCAUGAAGCUGAGCUCAUCACUAUUUGCUUUAUUGUGUCUCAUAUGUGAGAUUGUGUCCAUCGCUCUUUUCCUGCGAGGAUUCUUCCCUGUUCCUGUCAAAUCGUCCUUUUCAGCCAAGAGCAAAGUGCCUCAUUUUCCUGCAGAGCCACAGACAGGAAGUGGGCCGAACUCCAGAAAAGCUCCCGAGCCUUUGUUCAAGUGGGUGGUGAUCGUCCUGAUCGAUGCUCUCAGAGAGGACUUUGUGUUCGGCUCUGAUGGCUGGAGGUUCAUGCCCUACACCAGUCAUGUGGUGGAGAGAGGCUCUUCUCACAGCUUCAUAGCCAAAGCCAGACCGCCCACCGUCACCAUGCCCAGAAUUAAGGCUCUGACCACCGGCAGCAUCCCGGGCUUCAUAGACGUGGUGAUGAACCUGAACUCUCCAGCUCUGCUGGAGGACAAUCUCAUCUGGCAGGCCAAGAGUGCUGGCAAACGGAUCAUCUUCUAUGGCGACGACACCUGGGUUCGACUCUUCCCCAAACACUUCAUGGAGCAUGAUGGCACUACCUCAUUUUUUGUGUCCGACUACACAGAGGUAGACAAUAAUGUGACCCGUCAUCUGGACGACACUCUGAAGCGAGAUGACAGGGAUAUUUUGAUUCUGCAUUAUCUGGGUCUGGACCACAUCGGACAUAUCAGCGGACCCCACAGCUCUCUGAUAGGACCCAAACUCAUGGAGAUGGACGACAUCAUCAAGAAGAUACAUGCCUCGCUCAUAUCAAAGGAAUCUGAAGGGACGUUGCCCAACUUACUGGUUCUGUGUGGAGAUCACGGCAUGUCUGAAACCGGAAGCCACGGCGGAUCUUCGGAACCGGAAAUCAACACGCCCCUUGUGCUCAUCAGCCCCGCCUUCAGGAGGAAAGUGGGAUUUGAGAAGCCGGGCGUCCUGGAGCAGGUGGAUCUGACCCCCACCCUCGCACUGGGUCUGGGGUUACCCAUCUCCAAGAACAGCGUGGGCCAUUUGAUUCCAGCAGUGUUUGAGGAGUUAUCGCUCCGAGAACAGCUGCGCCUCCUCCAGAUCAAUGGACACCAGCUCAGCCGCCUCCUACAGGACAGCAAUCCCACCUUCCACAAGGAGGAUGGUUACGAGCAGUUUCGCGUGGCGGAGAAAUCUCAUGGAAGCUGGAUGAAGCUCUAUUUGGAUGGAAACACGUCAGAGGUUCUUAACAUGGGCAAGAAGGUUCUCAAACAGUAUCUGGAGGCCCUGAAGGCCAUGAGUUCAGCUCUGAGCAAACAGCUGGGCAAAUACGACAUGUACUCCAUGAUCAUGGGCAUGAUCUUCAUACUGCAGGUGCUGUUUUUUCUGAUGUUGGCCAUGCCAGAGGCUUUGAGCAGGGAGGCAGUUGUGGAUGUCCCGCUGGCGUCAUCUCUGCUCUCUCUGCCCUUUUACCUGCUGUGUUUGUUUGGCUCGGCCCUUCACGUGCUGGUCUGCACCUCCUCCGGGGGCCCCUGCUACCUCUGCUCUCUCCCUUGGGUCCUAGUGUUCACUGUCAUCCUCUUGUCCUCCACCUUCACAUGUGCUCUGGUUAGCAUGGCAGCGAGGAGGAUGCCGGUCAGCAACAAGACCCCUGCUAAGGGCUCUGACUGGACUCUGUCGGAGUUGGACACUCUGUUGCUGAUCGGUACGGUGGGUCACACCCUGAGUUUGGGCUCCAGCAGCUUCAUAGAGGAGGAGCACCAGACCUGGUACUUCCUGCUCAACACGCUGUGCCUGGCCAUCUUCCAGGACAUCUGCAGGAAGUACUUCAGGGAACAGAGGCAUCGAGGUGAGGAGGAGGACGAGGGGCCUUUGCUUCCCUCCAGCACCGAAGAAGGACCGUCAUUCUCCCCGGCGGUGGAGCUGGGAAUGAGUUGGGUCUCAGAGAAAUGGCUGGCGCUGGCGACCCCACUGCUGACCUUGACCUGCUGCCGCUUGCUGAGGUCACUGAAUCAGACCGGAGUGCAGUGGGCGCACCUGCCCGACUUUGGACACUGGCUCAACAGUGGGGAUCAUAAGGCGUUCCUCUCUGUGUUGGCGGCGGUGUCUCUGGUUCUGAUCUUUCUCCUGGUUCAGCGUCACUGCUCGCUGGUGUCUAAGAUCGCUCUGGCUCUCGGCCUGCUCGGAGUUUACAGCUAUCGUGCCGCCAUCGGAAAUGUCCUGUUCCCAUGGCAACACAGCAGCCGUGCCAUCUCCAAGGGAACCGUUGAGGCGCGAUUCGUCUACGUUUUCGUCCUCGGUAUCUUGUUCACCGGCGUGAAGGACCUGUUGCGUUCGCAGGUGAUGUCGUCAGCGGUGGACAGCAGGCGGCUGAAGAGCAGGGGACUGUGGGAAGUGUACAGUGGCGUGGUGUUAUUGGUGGCUCUGUUGUUCAGAGCUCAUAAUUUGCCCACGCUGGCCUGCUGUCUGCUCAUCCAGACAAUCAUGGCUCAGUUCAUCUGGAAGAAGCUCCACUACGAUGCCGCCCAGACCACCAUCAUGCACUACUGGUUCGGCCAGGUUUUCUUCUACUUUCAGGGAAACUCUAAUAACAUCGGGACGGUGGACAGCUCUGUGGGUUUUGUGGGUCUGGAGAGUUACGUAGAAGCACCUGCCAUUUUCCUGACUGCGCUGAGCACCUACGCAGGACCGCUGCUCUGGGCCUGUCAUCUGCUGUGUUUCCUCAGCUCACAGAGAGACAGGGCUGUAAUGGGUCUCGGUCAUGGCAGCUACUGCUUUGCACUCCUGCGGUCCAUCCCAGAUGUGUUUUACGUGGUUCUGGUCACCGGUCUCCGAUACCACCUUUUCAUCUGGAGCGUGUUUUCUCCAAAACUCUUGUACGAGGCCAUGCACACCCUCAUCACCACCGCUGUAUGUCUGUUUUUCACCUUUAUGGAUCAGGAACGCUCGGCCAGACCGUGAAUACAAAGCCAGAACCAGGACCAAAGCCAUACUUAGGUACAGAACAAACGGUGCAGUUGAGUUUUGCGCACCAAAAGGAGAAAUAAAAUGAGAGAAAAAGCGAUGGGAGAAGGUUUUGGGUAAUUCUACUACUGUGAAUGAGGUCAAUGUUGAGAAUUCAGAGCUUACAUGGAGAUUUGGCUCACUCUACUGACUUUCACUCAUUUGUGUGUAUGCGAUUAAAUUAUUUUUAUAUUUUUUGGGAGGUCAUUGAUAGUGCAGAUAACAUAUGGCAAGACUUGUGGGCAUACAUAUGAUAAUCCCUCUCAUUCUCUAUGCAGUUUUUUUUCUAAAGCUUUACAGAUAAUGGAGAGUGUAAUUCUUUUUGUAUCUUGCAAUUUCCGUUCCUGACCGUUGCUUCACCUCUAGAAUAAUACGAGAUAAGAUACAUCAUUAAUAACUCUCCCCUCACUGAGAUCACAGCAGAUGUAAGCUCCUCAUGCACUUGAAAGCUUUAAGGGAUCUUAAAAGUCUUUUAAAUCAUAUCUAAACACAGCUACGCGUGACGUUUUUGUUUAAUCAGCCUGUUGGAAAUGUGAAUUGUAAGCUGAUUUAUCUUGGUAAGUGUUUUUUCUUUAUCUCAGUGCUUAGAUCUGGUUAAUAAUAAAAUAAACCCUUUUCUGAUUUAGAGUAAUUAAUUUCUGCAUGCUUUUUUAAUGUGUAAUUCAGAGUUUAGCUUCUCUUGUUUUGAUACAUUAGCUGUGUACAAGUUUUAAAGUUAUGAUAAAUGUCACUUACUGUAUUAAUCAGUGACACUAACAGUGUGACUUAACCAGACGUGAUGCAAUAACACACUGAGCGUCACAAGAUAUUUUGUGUUUUGCUUUGUUUCUGUCUUUAUUACAAAGUGCUUAGUAGCUCCGCCCACAGUGAAAUCUCAUUGGUCAAAAAACCUCCUCCACGUAACUGUAUAUUCAACAAACAUGCUCUGAAUGGCAAAAAUGU